CAAACCCUGUUUUUUGUUUAAUUACGCUCUCUCUCCCUCUGCUUGUAAAAAGCGCCUUACAAGUUGCCACGUACUUUCGUUACAAGUGUGGCCUUGAUUGACAAGCCCUCAUUAUGGAUUACGAUGGCAUAAUAAGAGAAUACCCGGCUAUAGCUAUUGAUCGCUUCACACCGAGAAUUGGCGUGAAAUACUAUUUUCUUACACAUGCCCAUUCUGAUCACACACAGGGGCUUCAAGAUGUUCAUUUCAGGGGCCAAGUUCACUGUUCUGAAGGAACAGCUGUUUUAAUGAGACAUAAAAAAGUUCGAGGCAAGCCGUAUUUCCGACACCUGAAAGGACAAUUGACAACACAUCCUUUGUUUCAGUCGUUCGUGUUGAACACGGAAGAGCAUGGUAGACUUACAGUGACGUUUUAUCCAUCCAACCAUUGUCCCGGCGCUGUCAUGAUCUUACUUGAGGGCAAGAAUGGCACAGUACUCCAUACUGGCGACAUGCGUGCCGAAAGCGAUCUCUUGCAGACACAUCUGACGGAACUUCCGUUAAAGAACGUCAAGCACUUGUACCUGGAUACAACAUUCUGCACGGACCACCAUCGUGAGUUUAUCACAAAGAAGCAAAGCAUUAGCUUGUUAUUUGAACUGAUCGAUAGCUACCCAGGAAAUCAUCAUUUCUUUCUUGAUUUUUGGAUGUACGGAUACGAAGAGGCUUGGUGGAAGAUUGCCUCGAGGUACAACACCAAAAUUCAUGUGUCGGAAGAUCGGUACCAGUUGUACUUGGCAUUGGAUAAACACCUUUUCACAAACAUAUUGACCACUGAUGAAACCACCACCCGCUUCCAUUCGUGUCACUGGAAAAAGUCAUCCUGUGCCACUCACGGAGCUGAUACCAUUAAUGUACAGGGGCAGCCUAUCGUCGGCUGCCGUGCGCGACCAUUCGGACCGGAUGAUUACAAGAUGCGGACGGAUCUUCCGAAGCAUGCCAAUAUCAAGAAGGAAGUGAUCAUUCCUUUCUCAAUGCACUCUUCAAUGUUGGAACUAGUAGAUUUCGUCAAGUUUAUCGGCCCGAAAAGAGUCACGCCAAUAGUGGCACAUGGCGUCAAAUGGGACGCUACAGCACGUAUACUAAAGACAUUGAGAUCGAACGGUGCAUAUUUUGAGAUGGAGUCAAGCAGUAGUGGCUCCUCAUCGUCCUCAUUUUCAGUCAUCAACAGUUCUGUCGAACACCAUCAACUGUCACAGCAGAAAGACUCACUACGAUCCAGCGCCUCACAUCAACAAAGUUCAUUGCAGUCAACCACUGCAGACGAGAACGAGUUACCCGAAUCAGAAGGGCCGACCAGCUCGAUCGAGAACCAAUGUCAAAACAUUGUCAACAUCUUGGUACGGUCCAAGAGCAGCGAUGGUGUCGAACACGAUCAAAGUUUGCUCCAAGCAAAUAAAACAAAUGAUUGCGCAUCGAUGAAACAGCGAUUAUGCUCGGUGCUUAGUGUUUCGAGCCAAUCGAGUUUGGAAUUCUUUUCCGGAUCUAUUCAGCAACUACCAGCCGCAUCAGCGGAAUCAGCAGCAGCAGUAGCAGCAGCAGAACCAGUAAUAGCAACAACACCACCACCAACACAAGCAGAAAAACCUUCAACGAAAUACGAUCGAGCGGCAGCAAGCUGGCGGGCCAGCAUACUCAAUCGAAAACGACCACGAAACUCUACACUCGAUACGCUAUCAUGGGACGGCAGCUUCAAUUUUGAAGAAAUCGAUCUGACAGCAGCCUCGGAUCGACAUGUCCCAAAACGAACUUUAUCUCCUAUGAAUGGAACAACAACUGCAUGGCACAAAAACAACAAAUUGACUGCUUGCAAACCCGUGGUUGAGCAAAAUACGCGGUCUGGAACCACCAUUGAAAACCCCAUAUGCAUUGACUAGCUUUUUUACUUGCAUGGGUUAUAAAAAAUCCAAAUGGGAUCAAUCACCUGGCCAUCAACUAACCCCUUACCCUUGUCAAGUCUCUUGUACAUAUCUCUUUUUCUCUCUCAUAUCCUUUUUACUUGCGU